AUGGCUCAUGCUGAAAAUCACAGAUAUAUUGUGCAGGUGUUUGUGGGAGCGUUGUCUGCACAAUAUGAGGCUCUAUCAGUUGAAGCUUCAAAGCAGACAAGCUCAGAGGAAAUUGUGUGCUGUAUUGCUGACAAACUCAACUUGACUGAUGGAUCUGGAGGGCCUUAUGAACUGGCCGAGGUGGUUGGUGAUACUGUGAGUGGUGAAUGCAAGGAAAGGCGGCUUGGUCCCAAUGAGUCCCCGGUCGCUGUAAUGUUGCUAUGGCCUAACAACAACACCGACCAGUACUACAGGUUCUAUCUACGCGAGAAAAUACCAGAUGAGCCAUGGAUGGAGAAGUUCUCAGUAGAUCCACAGCUGAUAAAAGAUUACUUUCAGCGGUUCUUGUACCAACCAAAGGACCGAGAAUAUCCUGAUUUAUGUCAGUUGCCUGAACUAAACGAACAGACGUUGCUUGAUAACCUGAGGGCGAGAUUUGCAGCGGGAUACAUUUACACAUAUGUGGGGUCUAUUUUGAUAGCAGUGAAUCCAUUUAAAUUGUAUCCAAUUUACAAUCCGAAAUAUGUGAAGUUAUACCAGAAUAAGCGGAUAGGGUCUAGCCUACCGCCUCACAUAUUCGCCGUUGCCGAUGCUGCAUAUCAUACUAUGUUGCGCGAGAGGACAAAUCAGUGCAUAGUGAUCAGUGGUGAAAGUGGAUCAGGCAAGACUGAAAGUACAAAUUUUCUCCUUCAUCAUCUUACUGCACUCAGCCAAAAAGGAUCACAUGGCAGUGGAGUUGAGCAAACAAUAUUGAGUGCAGGGCCAGUUCUAGAAGCUUUCGGAAAUGCAAAAACCCCUCACAAUAACAACUCAAGUCGCUUUGGAAAGUUCAUUCAAGUUAAUUAUAAGGAAAAUGGAAUGGUUCAUGGUGCAGUGGUUCAAAAAUAUCUUCUGGAGAAAUCCAGAAUUUGUAGUCAAGGUCGUAAUGAGAGAAACUAUCAUGUGUUUUACUAUUUGUUGGCCGGUGCAUCAGAGCAGGAGAGAGAACAGUUACAUCUCCUCACUGUGGACAAGUACAAUUACCUUUCAAAGACUGGUUGUAGUGUGGUGCCUGGUGUUGAUGAACAAUAUGAGUUUUCAAGGUUGAAACAAUCUAUGGACAUGGUGGGCUUUACAUUAGACAAACAGCGUAGACUGUUUGCAGUUUUGUCAGCUGUGCUUCUCUUAGGUAAUGUUGAAUUCCAACCACAACGAAAAUCAUACCACCACGACGAGGCGGUCGGAGUGAGGAACCCUGAAGUUGUUUCGCUCAUAUCAUCACUUUUGCGUGUUAAGCAAGAGACUUUGCUGGCCGCACUUACUUCGAAGCGGGCAAGAGCUUCAGGAGAAACACUUGUUAUCAAUUACAGACUGCCAGAAGCAAUAGCAACAAGAGAUGCAAUGGCAAAGUGUUUGUACGGUGCUCUAUUUGACUGGAUAGUGAUGCAGGUCAACCAUGCUCUGCUUUCAAAAAAAGAUACACUACGGGAACAUCAGGGACAUAGUAUAGGAGUUCUGGACAUAUUUGGCUUUGAGGACUUUGGACCAAACAACAGUUUCGAGCAGUUGUGCAUCAAUUAUGCUAAUGAGCACCUUCAGUACUAUUUUAACCAGCAUGUGUUCAAGUAUGAGCAGGAGGAGUAUAGACGUGAGGGAAUACGGUGGACGGAUAUUGGAUUCUCAGAUAAUACAGGGUGCUUGCAGCUCAUAGAAGGGAAGCCGAGUGGGCUUCUGUGUGUGUUGGAUGACCAGUGCAACUUUCCUUGGGCAACAAAUGAGACAUUGUUACAGAAAUUCAACUCUGUACAUGAAGACAAUCCUUUUUAUGAAAAGCCGCAGAGAAGAGAGCCCGCUUUUGUAGUUCGGCAUUACGCCGGUAGAGUUAAAUAUCAGGUUACAGCAAUGCGUGAGAAAAAUCUAGAUCUUAUGCGACAAGACAUUGUCAGUGUGCUCAAAAAUUCGUCUUUAGCCUUCGUAAGGGAGCUAGUGGGAGUCGAUCCAGUGGCCGUUUUUCGAUGGGCAAUUGUGCGUGCAUUUUUCAGAGGCUACUUUGCCUUCUUAGAAGCUGGCCGAAGACACAGAGUCCAAAGAGUAGAUGGCGCCUCGAGAGUACCUCGCCCGUCAAUUCAGUCUGUCAACGAUAACAUAAUAAGCCAACUGGUGACAGUAUCGUCAAUCAAUCUAGCAAUCAACCGCAUUGCAGCGGCGAGUAAGGCGCGCGAAACGCCCGUUCGGGCGAACAGCGAUAGUAAGCAGCGUUCGGAAGCGGCUAACGCGACGCGCGUUGGUGGGAAGGGGACAAAAAAUUACAGGAUCGCCGAAACGCGCACGCGUCGAAUCGAACGGGAGUUCGACGACACCGACGUGAUGCAGCGCGCCAGCCAGAUCGUCUUGAAGAAUAAGUCGUUCAGACCUAGGGAGCGUGCCAAAAAAGGUUUAAAAAACCUUCAAAGUGUUAAAACACUGGCAGGAAGAACAGCUGCUCCUGCUGGCAAAAGAAAACAGCCCUUGACCGUUGCUGCUCAGUUCCAGCAUUCUCUAGCGGCGUUAAUGGAGACUUUGAAUCAAGCCAAUCCCUUCUUCAUCAGAUGUAUAAAAUCAAAUGGAGACAAAAUAGCGAAUGUGUUUGAUGAAGACACUGUACAGCGGCAGUUGCGCUAUACCGGAAUGCUAGAGACCGUCCGCAUACGACAAGCCGGAUACAACGUACGGCUCACGUACGAAGAGUUCAUACAGCUGUACAGGAUAUUGCUGCCAAAAGGUCUGCUGAGCUCUCAGUCAGAUGUUAGACACUUCCUUGCUACGCUCAACUUGGAUAGGGAUAAUUAUCAACUUGGUGCGACAAAAAUAUUCAUGAGAGAGAGCGAGCAAAGGAAACUGGAAUAUCGGUUACAUCAACAAAUCAUGGCGUCCAUCAUAACGAUCCAGCGAUGGCACCGUGCCGUGUUAGAGCGACGGCGCUUCCUCGCUUUGCGGCGCGCUGCCAUCAUCAUACAGGGUUAUUGCCGGCAAUGGCUGGCGGGGCGGCAGGAUGCGGCGCGGCGGCUGCAGGCGUGGUACCGCGGGCCGCGCGUGCGGCGCUGGUACGUGCAGCUGCGGCGCGCGCUCGUGCGCUUCCAGGCGCAUGCGCGCGGCGCGCUGCUCCGCCGCCAACUGCCCCGCCUCAAGCUGCACCGCCCGCCCGCCCCCUCGCCCCCGCCGGCACAGCAUGACAGUAACGCGGCCACGUUACCCGAGGAGUACAAUUCAUCGCCCGAUUUCGACAAGAGCCUGCUUGUGCUUAAGAACAUCAUGGAGCUUAAACUGGAUGUGCUAUUCGACGGUUCUGCGAGUGGCAGAGCGUUGCGGGCUACGUACUCUCUCCCAGUUGAUAGUUGGGAAACCAAACACGAUUUAGAUAGUAUUAUUGUGAAGAAUCAAAAGAGGAGAGUUUCAAAAACACAAAAUAUCAACGAGUUGCCACUUAAGCAUUCUAGUUCAAGCCAAAUCAAUCAAGAUGCCAAUGAGUCUUCUCCCGAUGAAAGUUGGAAUGUCAACAAUACCAACAAAUAUCAGUCAGGGGUAGCUGUGCCAAACAAAAUCACAGCCGAUGAUUUGGCCAAUGAGCGGCUGUGGUUGAAGUUAGACAGGGAUUAUAUUAUAAUGGAAAGAAAUAAGAAACGGGAGCGAGAGCUAGCAGAGUCGUUAGCGAGUAGUAGCGAGGAGUACCUACGGAAAGUCAGCGACUGGAAUCAAACGGACACAGAGGAUGUGAACUUGACUAAUGCCAGGCGAACGUCACCACAAUUGUAUCAGCGCAGCCUCUCAAGUUUGCUGAGCUUACCUCCGGUCCGUCGGUCGCCAAGAGAACAUGCCAAUCAAACAAAUCGCUCUCAAGAACACAACUCGGAUGCAACAACGAACGCGACGGCGCAACGUUCGGCAGAGGGCGUGGCUGGUGGUGCUGGCAGUGGUGGUGGUGCGCCCGCGCCGCCGGCCCGCUCGUCGCGUCGCUCGCCGCGCGCUCUUGCGGCCGCGCCGCCCGACCCCGAGCGCGCAGACCGCACCGAUGCGCCGCACGCGCUGCCGCUACCGCUGCCCGCGCCGCUGCACGCGCCGCUGCCCGAUCGCGAUAGAGACUUAACACGAGUGGAGGCUAGUGGAGCGCGGCGACGUCGAAACUCUGACCCUGCUCCAGGAGCGCCCGAAAGGCGGCCAGACUUUCGACCCGACUUGAAUUCUGAUCUGCGCACAGACAUACGACCAGCCGACCCACGCUCCACAGACUAUAUCGGACAAACUGGCAACGGACUUUUCCGCAUAGCAGGACACAGGUUUCGUAAAGGCACCCGUUUCUCCAAAGACGAUAAGUGCGUAUACUGCCAUCAGGCAAUCGACGCGUUCGUCACUCAGGGUCAGCGAUGCAUCGACUGCAAACAGCUAUAUCACACGAAAUGUAUACAGAAUAAGGGCGUCAUCACAAUGCCAUGCUCUAGUCCAGUCACGAUAUCGCCACGAGGCCGUCACAAAUAUCGAAAGAGAAUUAUUAAAGAUGCUGCUUAUACGUCUCUGUCGGACCCGACUAAAAAUUCCGUCAGUUCCAAUUUCAGUCUUACUGGUACAUCAGAGUUUAUGGACAGAACGGAUAAGAUUAUAUCGGACGCGACAGAACUACAGGCCAUGCAAACUUUCAUCACAAAGAAGAUUUAUCAAAUGGAGUCAUCCGAAAAUGAAAAACAAUCUGAGGUGGACAGGGUAUUUAAACAUGCGCUACGGGAGUUCAAAGACAAUCUCGUGGCGACGUAUAGUGUGGUCGAGACCCGAGGAUCGGCGCUCAAGUACAAGGAUCUAAUCGGAAAUUUCCUCCACGUAAUGGAAACAGUCUGCGCAAGGGAGGGCUCCACUCUCUCCAUAACGAUGGGAGUGAACGCCUUUAGAGGUUUCAUGGACGAGUUCAUGAGUCAACACGAGACCGAUAAGGCCAGAACUAAAAGAAAAAAGGACAAAAAGCGGAAAGUGGACGAACCAAUUCAGUACAAAGGGCACACAUUUAUUCUGUGCAUGAUAAACAUUCCCACGGAGUGCGAGAUCUGCAAGACUUUUUUCAUGUGGCCUAUAGAGCGGUCUCUCAUUUGCCAAAUGUGCAAGCUAACCUCACACAAAAAAUGCUAUAUGAAGGUGACGACGCAGUGCAGAAAAGACUCCGUGACGCCCAGUGCCGCUAUUGUUGGCGCAGUGGACAUCGGCGGAAGAGAACAGUUCGGUGUCCUAAAACGGGGGAAGGUCUUUGGCGUGCCAUUAAGCGAGCUACCGACGGGCGAUGGUAAUAUACCCAUAGUCGUAGACAGGCUCAUCACAACCAUCGAAAUGACUGGAUUGUAUACGGAAGGAUUGUACAGGAAGAGUGGGCUUAGUUCUAAGGUGCGCGAGCUGCGCUGGCUGCUGGACGAGCGGCCGGCGGAGGGCGUGGAGCGGCUGGACGCGUACGCGGUGCACGUGCGCGCCUCCGUGCUCAAGACCUUCUUCCGCGAGCUGCCCGAGCCUCUGCUGACCUUCGACCUCUACGACGACUUCAUCCUCGCCGCCGAGAUCUCCGAUCCGCAGGAACGAGUAUCAAGCAUAUUUACAAUACUUAAAAAGUUGCCGAAACCAAAUUUUGACUUGGUGGAGAGGUUAAUAUUCCACUUAGCCAGGGUUGCCUUAGGGGAAGAUCAUAACAGGAUGGGUCCGAACGCGCUGGCGAUCGUGUUCGCGCCGUGCAUCCUGCGCACGCACAAAGUGCAGCCGGCGCAGGCGUCGCUGCACGACAUCGCGCGCCAGACCGCCUGUCUCGAGGCCAUCCUUGUCGACAAGAUGCGCACCGUGCGAGGCAUGCUGCAGGACAUCGCGACGCUGGACACGGCGUGCCACACCGCCUCCCACCGCUUGUGGUCGCUGCGGGCCGCUGCACACGCGCCGCGCGCCGAGCAGCAGCUGCUCGAGGGACACAUCAACGAGAUACAGAAGGAGAAAGAGAUCCUCACCACCAACCUGCCCCCGCGCAUAAGGUACGUGCUACACCGCCUCCCGCCGCCUGUGGUCGCUGCGGGCCGCUGCACACGCGCCGCACGCCGAGCAGCAGUUGCUCGAGGGACAUCAACGAGAUACAGAAGGAGAAAGAGAUCCUCACCACCAACCUGCCCACGCUCAUACGGUACGUGCUACACCGCCUCCCGCCGCCUGUGGUCGCUGCGGGCCGCUGCACACGCUCCGCACGCCGAGCAGCAGUUGCUCGAGGGACAUCAACGAGAUACAGAAGGAGAAAGAGAUCCUCACCACCAACCUGCCCACGCUCAUACGGUACGUGCUACACCGCCUCCCGCCGCCUGUGGUCGCUGCGGGCCGCUGCACACGCUCCGCACGCCGAGCAGCAGUUGCUCGAGGGACAUCAACGAGAUACAGAAGGAGAAAGAGAUCCUCACCACCAACCUGCCCACGCUCAUACGGUACGUGCUACACCGCCUCCCGCCGCCUGUGGUCGCUGCGGGCCGCUGCACACGCUCCGCACGCCGAGCAGCAGUUGCUCGAGGGACAUCAACGAGAUACAGAAGGAGAAAGAGAUCCUCACCACCAACCUGCCCACGCUCAUACGGUACGUGCCACACCGCCUCCCACCGCCUGUGGUCGCUGCGGGCCGCUGCACACGCGCCGCGCGCCGAGCAGCAGCUGCUCGAGGGACACAUCCACGAGAUACAGAAGGAGAAGGAGAUCCUCACCACCAACCUGCCUACGCUCAUACGGUACGUGCCACACCGCCUCCCCCCGCCUGUGGUCGCUGCGGGCCGCUGCACACGCGCCGCGUGCCGAGCAGCAGCUGCUCGAGGGACACAUCAACGAGAUACAGAAGGAGAAGGAGAUCCUCACCACCAACCUGCCUACGCUCAUACGGUACGUGCCACACCGCCUCCCACCGCCUGUGGUCGCUGCGGGCCGCUGCACACGCGCCGCGUGCCGAGCAGCAGCUGCUCGAGGGACACAUCACCGAGAUACAGAAGGAGAAGGAGAUCCUCACCACCAACCUUCCCACGCUCAUACGGUACGUGUCACACCGCCUGUGGUCACUGCAGGCCGUUGCACACGCGCCGCGCGCCGAGCAGCAGCUGCUGGAGGAACAUAUCAGCGAGAUACAGGAGAAGAAGAUCCUCACCACCAACCUGCCCACGCUCAUAUAGUAUGUCCAUAGAUUUUCAAGUGGUCUUUCACUACACCUACCGAAUAAGAGCAACAUCCGACGACGAUUUGUUGUCGACAACGGACCACGACGGCGAAUUUGGCAGCACCGACGACUUGAGCACUGGUUCAGCGUCGCUCCGUUCACAGCGGCUUCUGCAUCGCCAACUUUCCUCAGACGACCCCAUCAUGGUGUAG